AUGGCGUCAAAGAACACGGGUGCACACGAUGAGAUCACCGGCCAGAGCGCCCUUCCCAUCUCUCGAAUUAAGAAGAUCAUUCAGCUCGACGAAGAUAUCGCACAAUGCUCAAACAACUCGACCUUUGUCAUUGCUAUGGCCACUGAGAUGUUCAUUCAAUACCUCGCCGAGCAAGCGCAUAAUGUGGUCAAAUCUGAAAGGAAACCUCGCAAGACCGUCCAGUACAAGGAUCUGGCUACGGCGGUCUCUCACAUUGAUAAUCUAGAGUUCCUUGCCGACGUAAUCCCCAAGACUACGACAUAUAAGCAAUUCAAGGAGAAGAAGGCCAAAGACGCUGCCAAGUCUGUCGAGAUGGAAAAGGGUCAGCGCACGCUAAAUGAAUCUGAUGCCCCCACUGGAAACACAAACGGUACCGACCCAAACACACGGGCAGAAGAGCCUACGGCUUCGUCACCAUCAGUUCCUCGCCCACCUGUGGUGCCUGUCAGUGCGCUAAUCGCGGAUCGGACGGUUGGACCCUCGGCCCGCCAGGACCCGGAUGUUGAAAUGCAGGAAUAA